AUGUCUAAACGAUCGGUAACAGAAGUUGUUUCUACCGCAGAUGGCCAGGCGUUUCUGAAAGUAUCAGGCGCUGGUGCUAGACGUGAGGCUUCAACGGAAGACGAAAUGGGAGAAUUUGAAGACGCUUGGGAGGACGAGAUUGAAGAGGACGAGGACGUCGUAGAUGCAGAAGCAGACUCACAGGAAGAUGGCAUGGAUGUAGACGAAUUGAUGCCUGCAAUCGAAGAGUCGGAACAGCCAUCCGCAACUCCUGACGUCUUCAUUCCUGGCACCCAUACUCUAGGAGAGGAUGAGAUACUCGAACCCGAUGAAUCGGUAUAUCUCAUGCGACAUUCAACUGGCGUAGACUGGCCUUGUCUCUCGUUUGAUAUACUACGCGAUAAUCUGGGGGAAGAACGCCAACGUUUUCCGCAUACUGUAUGGAUCGUAACCGGAACACAAGCUGAUCUCGCUAAAAACAAUGAGAUCGUGGUCUACAAAAUGAGUUCUUUACACAAAACACAAAAAAAUGGCGACGAUUCUGAUUCGGAUGACGACGAAGAAGACGAUGCCUUGGACGAAGACCCAAUCAUUGAACAUCGUUCAGUGCCUCAUCUUGGCGGCGUCAAUCGUAUUCGUGCGCAACCCUUACCUGCAUCGGAACCUUUACCUCCGCCCACUCAACCCUAUCAUGUUGCCAGCUGGGCAGAAACUGGAAAGAUCCACAUAUGGGAUAUCCGCCCCCUGAUAGAAUCACUGGAGACUCCUGGCUACUCUUUUGAUAAAUUACGCAGUAGCAAACCUGUCUUCACAAUCGAUGCGCAUGGACGGGCAGAGGGCUUUGCGAUGGACUGGGCAGCAUCGAGCGCAUCUUCAAUUCGCCUUUUGACAGGUGAUAUCAACUCUCAAAUAUUCCUUACAACAUCCACCGUUUCUGGAUUUAGCGUGCUCCCUCAACCGUUCACUUCUCACACCUCGAGUGUAGAAGAUAUACAAUGGAGCCCUGCCGAACCUACAGUUUUUGCCUCGUGUUCAGCUGAUAGAACGGUUCAAAUUUGGGACGUGCGGAGCAAAGGCAGGAAAAGUGUUGCUGGGAUUGAUCCCGCUCACGAAAGCGAUGUGAAUGUUAUCAGCUGGAACAAGGGCACCUCGUACUUGCUCGUGAGUGGCGGUGAUGAAGGUUCUAUCAAAGUUUGGGAUUUGCGUAACGUACAAAAGAAAGGAACCUCUACACCGACUCCGACCCCGAUCGCCUCCUUCGAUUGGCAUAAGGGACCUAUAACCUCCUUGGAAUGGCACCCUAGUGACCUAUCCACUUUUGCGGCUUCAAGCGCAGACGGUAUAGUCUCUUUGUGGGAUCUUGCAGUCGAACAUGACGACGACGAGAUGAACGAAACUUUGGACACGAAAGAUAUACCCCCUCAAAUGCUAUUCAACCAUCAUCAAAAGGACGUCAAAGAAAUCCAUUGGCAUCCACAAAUACCUGGCGCAGUUGUAAGCACAGGAGCAGAAGGAUUCGAUGUGUUCAGUACUAUCGCUACAUGA